AUGUCCUCCUUAGCAGCAUCUUCAGAGACAGCUUUGGUAAAAGAAGUGUUUGUAUCAUUGAAAACACCAUUAAAGGUAAUUCGGAUCUCAUUUUUGUCUUGUUUUUAAAUAUUGUUAUGAAACGAAACUUUAAAAAUGUAUCUUACAAAAUACAAACUAAUAUCUACAGCACUUAAAUAGUAAACAUGAUUUACUAAUGUUUAAAAAAAGGAAAACAUUCAUUAUAAUGAAAAUGCCCUUUUUAAUUGUUUUGUAACCAAAAUAGCAAAAACAAAAUCAUUAUUAUUUCAUAAUUUUCGAUUAUUGUUUUAUGAAAUAGCAAAGGAUCAAAUAACCAUAAUAAAAAAAUAAAGUAGCUGUACAUUAAUAACUUAUACAUAAUAAUGAGCCUGUAGAUGAAUUUUCUAAAAAUCUAAUUUUAAAAUUGAAAAAUAUUAGUGUAGCAUAUUAUAAUGAUAAGAAAUCCAGAUAUCUAAAAUAUAUAUUUAUAGAUUCCUAAUAAAAAUAUACUUUUAUGACAUAUUAAAUAUGAUUACUAAGCAAGUUAUUUGUAGUUUUUUGAUUGAAUAUUAUACAAUGAUUAGAAAAUUGAAAUCUUGAACAACAAAUCAGAGAAAUAAAAUAAAUAUGUAUGGAUAAAUAGAUUCCCAAUUAAAGUAUUCCUACAUCAUAUUAUUUUAUUUGUACAUUUGUUAUUCGUUCAUUGUGUUACCUAAUUAUUUUUACAUAAAAAUGAGCACCCUUAGUGAAUCACCCAGUAUACAUACUUAGUACUAUUGAUAAUAAAAUAUACUUUUCAACUAUUAAAUGAGUAGUAUCCAAAAAAUAUGUUAGACAGUGUAUUUUAUGUACCUAUUUUUAAAUUUAAGAGAAAUGUACAAGAAUGUGGAAAUUAUAGAAGAAUAAAAAUGAUGAUCUGUAGUAUGAAGAUUUGGGAAAAAAAUAUAGAAAAGAAAAUACUAGAAGUGAGAGACAUCAAUAUUUAAGGACCAGUUUGAUUUUAUUCCAGGAACCAGUGUUUGGUGUGAGACAUAAUAGUCCUUUAUAGAUUUAAAUAAUGCUUUCCUUUUUUCAAUAUCUAUUGUCACUUGUUAGAUAGUAAGUUCCUUUUAAAAUCCUUAACAUAUUAACCCUAUUAUCUUUAAUAUUUUUUUCUCUCUUUCUUAUCUGGCGUUACAUUCAGAAAUCUCAACCUGUUUUCUCACUCACCGCCAAUUAUUUUUCACUUUUCUCCUGUAUAUUUCUAAUUCACCUAAACUCCCUCUUUUUGAUCUCUCUUAUGAAUCUCUUCUUUAUGCCCCUCCUGUUUGUAUAAACUUCUGUUUUCUAGAUUUCCCCCCGGCAAGCUAAAACUCUCCCUCCCUCCACCGUUAACAAUCUUUUUCUUGAUUAUAUUAAUGAUAGGUGGUUCUCUUCAUACAUUCUAGUCUUUAUUGAUGGUUCUGUUUCUCCACUUUUCGAUGGCUACUCUUUUUUCAUCCCUAAUCUCUGCAUUUCUUACUCAAACAAUCUUCUCCCCAUAUCAUCUUCUUUUUUGGCUGAAUUUUAUGCUACAAUUAAUGCUCUCACAUUAAUUUCCUCCUUCCCCUAUAUUAGUUAUUUAAUUGCUUCUGACUAAAUGUCAUAUUUCUUUGAUUCUCGACUCUUUUCUCUUGUUCUUUGCACAAAAAUUAUUCUUUUCUUUUGUUUUAGUGAGUGUUAAUGAGAAAAGGUGACUUUUAUUAGGAUGUGAAUCAUAAAAUUAGUGUGGUUGGUCAAAGUGGAGAAAAGCGUCAGUUGUUUUAUGUGUUAAGAGGAUUCCAAUGAAACUUAAAGGUAAGUUCUACAAGAAAGAGGUGAGACUGGCUAUGUUAGUAUGGUUCAUAAUGUUGAGUGUUGGACAUAAAACUAGAACAAAGAAUUUGUGUAGCAAAGAUAAUAAUGCUUAGGAUGGCGAAUAAAAUGACAGAGAAGAUAUCUUAGUGUGACUUCAAUAGUGUACAAAAUGAAAGAAUAUAAAUAGAUUGUUUGGGUAUAUUAUAAGAAAAGAGAAAUUAGAAGUAGUAACAAUUGCAAUGAAAACAUAUGAGAAAACAAGAAGAGCGGAAGACCAACAAAGAUGUAAUUGAGAAUGAUAUGCGGAUGGUGGGUGUAUGCGAGGAUGAUGUGAAUAUCAGAUAAAGUGGAAGUUUAGAGGAUGAAAAUGUCCAACUCCAAAUAGUUGAGAUAAAGAAGACUAGUUGACUAUUCAACUAUUUCAAUAAUAUACUGUGUUAAUACAUUAAUGGUAGUACAAAAUCUUGAGCUAAGAAAAAUGCAUGUACUCAGCUGGUAUUUUUUUUAAAUUCAUAACUCAAGUUUAUUCAUUAGUUACAAGAACAAAUUAUUAUUUUUUUUGAUAAAGUAUUAUUGUAUUUGUUUUAUUUUUCAAUAACCCUGUUCAAGUCAAAGAUUAGGUACUUUUAGAAAUAUUUAAAUUUAUGUGGUUUUAGUUGAUUUGAUUUAAAAUAUAUUUUAGUGUCAUAUUUCACGAGCUGUCAAACAUCUUGAAUUAGAUAACUCAAUUUUAAUAUUAAAUGGUCUUGGAAAAGCUAUCAAAAAUACAAUAGAAAUUGCAUUGCAGCUGCAGGAAAAAUUUCAGGACACAAUUAUAUUUGAUAUCCAAACAUCUACUGCUGAAAUAAAAGGUAAGUACACAUAAGUAUAAUACAAUCAAUAAUUAUGGAAAAAUAUAAAUUAUAAAUUUGAUUUAUUUAGUUUAAUUGAUAUUUUGUCCUAAUGAAUUGUUCCUUUUUUAAGAAUUUAUUUUUAUUUUUAGAUAUUUUAGAGCCAUUAAACGAAGACGAUGAUUAUGAAGGAAGAACACGUUCAUUAUCUUCUAUUCAUAUAAAAAUAUCCAAGUAA